AUGCCGCUCAUUCUAAGGGCCAGUGAUGGUGAAGCCUUGCUAGCCUAUCGGGAUGACGUGGACGAUUGCCUCUAUCUAAUACCCGAGGACGCAAAGGAGAAGCUGAGGGAGGAGUGCAUCGAGUUCAACCAGUAUAACAAAGGCGCCACGAAAAUGGACUUGUUGACGGAUUCGAUCUGGCGUCCGGAAGGUUAUCGGCUAUCUCCGUGGCGUCGCGGAGCGGGGCGCGACCCCCGCGGUAUUACCUAUCCGAGUGAGUUAUCCCUAUUC